UCUUCAAGUAGAGAGUAGAAAUGAUUGCUUUAAAAGAGUUCAGCGCCGGUCUCCCAAAGAUCAUGUUGUAAGAGGGUUUCGGUGCAUCGAUGACCAAGAAUUUGACCAUCCGAGUCUUUUUUUCCCUUGGUUGCCCUAUCGUCAUUGGCAGUUCAAUUGUUCCCACCGGUAGGACUGAUUCCCCUGAAAACCCAUAAAGAGGGGCCACAGCGGGCUCUAAUUUAGCCUCUAAACCCAUUGCCUGCCAGCAUUCCAGGUAUAAGAUAUUGACGGCGCUGCCUGAAUCGACAAAAAUGCGAUGUAUCAGCACGUUAGCUACGUUGGCGGAAAAUACCAAGGCGUCGUCAUGAGGAUAGAAUAGAGGCCUAGCAUCCUUUGGGCCAAAAGAUAUUGUCGGUUCAUCAGGCGCAGUAUUGACUGUCAUGACUAGGGCUGGCAAUUUUCGACACGACACGAAAACACGAUACGAAACCGCACGAAAUUAAUGGGUUAGUAACCCGCACGAUAAGAUUCAUGUCCUUAUUGGGUCGAUCUGAUAAGGACCUGAUAAUUUUGUAUCCGGUUCGUGUCAGGUUCAGGUAACCUGAUAAAAGUAAUAAUUUUAAUAUUAUUAUUUUUAUUAAAUAAUUAUUCUAAAUAAUUUUCACUCAUUAGGGUUUUGAGUCUUUCACUCCAGCACCGCACCACUCACGUCUCAUUUCAAAUUUUCAAUUCUGGAAACUUGGAAACCCACCCCUCCCACACCACAUGGCCACACCGAGACGACGGCCACGGCGGCGCAGCCAGUCACCGGUGACUCACCACCAAUCACCACUCUCCAGCGGCGCACAUCCACCUCUGCCGCCGUCUCAAACAUCUGCCGAAUCGGAAGAGAAGCACGGCCUGUCACCGACGACUCACCUCCAAUCACCAUUCUCCAGCGGCGCACCUCCACCUCCGCUGCCGUCUCAAACUUCCGCUGAAUCGGAAGAGAAGCGCGCUUAACUCCCUGCCCGCGCUGCCAGCUGCCUCUCUUGUCCGGUAAUUAUGUCUAGCAAUGAUGAUACCGAUGGUGAUGAAAAUACUUUUACGACAUAUACAAGUGAAAUGCCUUGUAUUGCUUCUACUGCUAGCCCUGCAGCUGUUGCCCCUUCUGCUGCCACAGAUGCAGAAACUGGUUUAGGGACGUCCAAUCCUACAGCUAAGCCCCCAACGAACAAAAGAAAACCGAGAUGGUUAUAUUUCUCUUACUUGUCACUUCAUUGAUGAGGAAUGGGUGUUACGUAAGAAGGUGUUGAAUUUUUCUUUGAUGCCAUCUCCUCAUACUGGUGUAGCAUUAUCAAAUAAGUUGUUUUCCAUGCUUUGUGACUGGGGGAUUGAAUACAAAGUAUUUUCUUUGACUUUGGAUAAUGCUAGUGCAAAUGAUGUGUCUGUUGAGUUGUUGAUCUCACAGUUGAACUUGAAUAAUGCACUUCUUUGUGAUGGCGAAUUCUUCCAUAUCCGUUGUUGUGCACAUAUUAUCAAUUUGGUAGUCCAAGAUGGUUUGAAUGAUAUUGAAAAUUCUGUUGUUAAGAUCCGUGAAAGUGUGAAAUAUGUGAGGGGUUCACAAAUGAGGAGGCAGAAAUUUUUGGAAUGUGUAAGCAAGUUACCUUUUUGAUGCUUGAUAAUGCACUAUAUUAUAGGAAAGCAUUCAUGAAUUUUCAACUUGUUGAUCCCAACUACAAGCAUUGUCCUUCUUCAGUUGAAUGGGAUAGAAUUGAGAAGAUUCGUGGUUUCUUGAGCUUGUUCUACGAUGUCUCGAACUUGUUUUCUGGUAGCAAUUAUCCUACAGCAAAUUUGUAUUUUCAGCCCGUUGUCAUGUGCUACAGUCAUUGAGACAAAGUUGCAAUAGUUCGGAUGUUUAUAUAAAGAAAAUGGCUGAGAAGAUGCUACCAAAGUUUGAGAAGUAUCGGUCCGAUUUCAGCUUGAUCUUGACUAUGGCUGUGGUCUUUGAUCCACGCUAUAAGUUUCAGUUUGUGGAAUUCUUUUAUAAGAAGUUGUAUGGCCCUAACUCUCGUCAGUGUUCACUAGUAAGAGAGAAGUUAUUUGCUCUAUUUGAAGAAUAUCAUAAGAGCAACAGUGACAGUUUUGGUCUUACUAGAAGUGGGGGUCCGGCAUUAAAUGAUUCAACCUGUGAAUUCACAAACGAAGAAUCUAAAGCGGUGGUUGAGGAGUUUAGUGCUUUGGAUGAGUUUGGAUUAAGCGAACAAAAGUCACAAUUAGAGUUGUAUAUGCAAGAAGCAAGAUUGGAUGCCAAAUCCAGUCUUGAUGUUCUUGGCUUUUGGAAAGGGAAUCAAUACAAGUAUCCACAAGUAGCUCGCAUGGCUCGUGAUAUUUUGAGCAUUCCCAUAACUACGGUGGCUUCCGAAGCUGUUUUUAGUGUUGGUGGAAGAGUACUUGAUCAAUAUCGUAGCUCACUUAAAGCAAGCACAGUGGAGGCAAUUAUUUGCAGUAGAGAUUGGUUGUUUGGAGAAAAAGCCUUCAAAAGCGAAGUACCAACAUGUGAGUUAGCCGAAAACUUUCUACAUGGCGAUGAUGAACCUCAAACGGAAUCCUCCUCGAUCUCCACUAUUGAUGUUGAUGGAUGAGUAUGUCCUGAUAUGAAGAACUAUUUGUGGAUUGGACUCCAAGAACGGGCACUAGAUGGCGAUAUUUUUAUGUUGUUAGACUUUUAUUUUGUUGAACUUGAAACACUUCACUAGAUGGCGAUAUAUUUAUGUUGCUAGACUUUUAUUUUGUUGGACUGAACCUAUGAUUUAUGUUGAUGAAUGGGACUUAUUAUGUGAGCUUUUAAAUUUCAUUGUUUUUUCAAACCAUGAAUCUGUUCAGUGGUUAAUUUGAUAUGUAAUUCGCAUAUUAUUGUAUUAUUA